UGGGAGUUGAAGUCCAAAACACCUGCAGGGCAACCUGUAUACUAUGAUGAUUAUUAUUGCACGGACUCCAGUAUUGCAGUCCGUCAAUGAAAGACUGACAGCGACGGGCAGCCAAUGAGGGCGCCUCGGUGGGCGGGGCUUGACGUGCCCUGCCAAUGGGAGGACGUGGGCUUCUCGGGCAGUCUCCGCCGACCUCCCUCCGCCAUUUCUGUCUUUCUGAGGUAAAUAGUUGGCGGUCGAGGGAGCGCUCCCUCUGAUGCUGUGAAGACCUUGAGAGAGAGGAACAUAAGGAUUCCCUCUUUGGUGCGUUGAGAAACAAACCAGCAUCUCGUGGAUAUUGAGGAAUUUGGAAAUCAAACAUGCCGUAAGGAAAAGAGCCCUAUUAGAAAAAAGACAUCCUCUAAAAGUGCUGAUCUUGCUGAACUGUUCAGAAAGGGAAAAAGAAGACAAGUGUCCAUAUUGCCAUUAAACAUAUAUAUAUCAUUGUCAACAUGCAGGAGAAACCUUAUAUGAGGGUUGAAUGAAAAGUAAUGCUCCACCUUCGUAACUCCUCAACAGAUGGCAGUACUGGUAUGCGGCAGGUACCGGCUUGUUCAGUAGACUCUUCUCUACAGUUCCACUUGGCAAGAAGCCUUAGCAUUGAAUGGUUGUGUUGUUAAAGUGUGAAGUAUGGAACCCUGCGCAGACGGUCGGUCAAUGGGAUUUAAGCAACAUGCAGUCAUUGAAUUCUUGACAGCAGAAGGUGUCACCCCAGAGGAGAUUCGUGAGAGAAUGCAAGCUGUUUAUGGUACAUGCCUGGAGUUUGGGAAGAGCUUCACUGACAGUGUAGGUUUAUAUUUAAACCAAAGAACUCACACCGGGGAGAAAUCCUAUGAAUGCCUGAAGUGUGGAAAAAGCUUCACUAACAGUGGAAGUUUACGUUUACAUCAGCAAACUCACACUGGUGAGAAACCCUAUAAAUGCCUGGAGUGUGGAAAGAGCUUCACUCGGAAGGAUACUCUGCAGCAACAUGAAAGGAUUCACACUGGUGAGAAACCCUAUGAAUGCCUGGAGUGUGGAAAGAGUUUCACUCGAAGGGAUACUCUGCAGCAACAUGCAAGGAUUCACACUGGUGAGAAACCCUUUAAGUGCCUGGAGUGUGGAAAGAGCUUUGCUCGGAGGGAUAAUCUGCAGUAUCAUGAAAGGAUUCACACUGAUGAGAAACCCUAUAUAUGCGUGAAGUGUGGAACGAGCUUCACUGACAGUGGAAGUUUGCGUUCACACCAACGAACCCACACUGGUGAGAAACCCUAUAAAUGUCUGGAGUGUGGAAAGAGCUUCACUGAGAGUGGAACACUACGUAGACAUCAAAGGGCUCACACUGGUGAGAAACCCUAUAAAUGUCUGGAGUGUGGAAAGAGCUUCACCAAGAAUGGAACACUCCAUAAACAUCAAAGGACUCAUCACAUGGGAGAAACCCUAUAAAUGCCUGGAGUGUGGAAAGAACUUCACUGGGAGUGGAAAUGUCCAAAAACAUAAUAGAACCCACACUGCGGAGAAACACUAUGAAUGCCUAGGGUGUGGAAUGAGUUUCACUCAGAAACAUCAUUUGCAGCAAUAUGAAAGGAUUCACACUGGUAAAAAACCCUAUAAAUGCCUGGAGUGUGGAAAAAGUUUCACUGGCAGUGGAGGUUUACAUUUACAUCAGCGAACUCACACACACACCUAUAGCUGUUAUCCAGUGUUACUGCAGUUUAGAAGAAGAUAAAUGGGAAGAAUUAUUGCCCAUCCAGCAACUUACAUAACAGAGGGUUGUUGUAUGUUUUCCGGGCUGUAUGGCCAUGUUCCAGUAGUAUUCUCUUCUGACGUUUCGCCCACAUCUAGGGCAGGCAUCCUCAGAGGUUGUGAGGUAUGGAUAAACUAAGCAAGGAAGGUUUAUAUAUCUGGAAGUUCCUGGGUGGAGGGAAGAACUCUUGUCUGUUCGAGGCCAGUGUGAAUGUUGCAUUUAAUCACAUUUGUUAGCAUUAAAUGCCUUCCCAACCUCACAUCCUGGCCUGGGGGAAUCCUUUGUUCAGAGUCGUUAGCUGCCCCUGAUUGAUUCCUGUCUGGAAUUCUUCUGUUUUCAGAGUGCUGCUCCUUAUUUACUGUUCUGAGUUUUUUAAUACUAGUAGCCAGAUUUUGUUCAUUUUCAUGGUUUCCUCCUGUAAUGAAGUAUGAAUUUUGCUUUACAGAUGUUAUGUUUAAUUGUGUGUUUAUGUUUUAAAAGGGUAAAUACUACAGUUAUGGCAUCUUAGCAUUCUGAGGCAGGUUGCCAUAGUAACGAGGGCAGAGCCAACCCCUGUUUGGAGAAAAAGGAGGGAAUGUUUUAAAAAAGCAGUCAUCUGUGAUCUGAGUCACAGGGAAGACACUGAUUCCAGGUUAGGGAAACCAGGGAAGCUCAGAUCUCUAGUUGUGUCAUAUUAAGCAAGUUAAGUGACUUGUUUGGGUUUAUUCGUAGAGUCUGAGUGGUAAGGGGAAGCAAUCCCAGUUAGAUCUAAAGUGAUCAUUUGAUAGCUUUGGUUGUAAGAGAAGAAAAAGUUUUAGACUGCUCAAGGAAAGGAGAAAGUAUUUUGAAAUUGGAUUCAUCAUAGGUUAUAUUUGCAACGGUUGAAGAAAGUGUAACUCUGAGAAGCAACAUUGUAACCACUAAGCUCUGUGCCUGAAUAAACUUGUUAGUGUUCUCCAACAUCCAAGCCUCUGUCACAUAUAUUCUAAACUAAGUUACGCUACCAUCUAAAGUGAAGAAGAGGAAAAAAAAAAACCAAAAAGUAAAAGGUCUCCUCCCUGAGUCUUUGGUGGCUGCCACGUUACACCUCCUUUCUGUUGAAGUUGUCCACAUGCUUGUGGAUUUCAAUGGCUUCUCUGACAUGAUAAUUGUCUGACAUGAUAAUUGUUGGAGUGCUUGAGGAUUUCUGUAUUCUCAAAUAAUAUACUGUGUCCAGGUUGGUUCAUCAAGUCCUCUGCUAUGGCUGAUUUCUCUGGUUGAGUUGGUCUGCAGUGCCUUUCAUGUUAUUUGAUUUGUGUUUGGGCAGUGCUGUGUUUGGUGGUCCCUAUGUAGACUUCUUGUCCACAGCUGCAUAGUAUACGGUAGACUCCUGCAGAGGUGAGAGGAUCCCUCUUGUCCUUCGCUGAAUGUAGCAUUUGUUGGUUUACUUAGUUUCUCCAUACCUCACAACCCCUGAGGAUGCCUGCCAUAGAUGUGGGCGAAACGUCAGGAGAGAAUACCGUGUUUCCCCGAAAAUAAGACAGUGUCUUAUAUUAAUUUUUGCUCCCAAAGAUGUGCUAGGUCUUAUUUUCAGGGGAUGUCUUAUUUUUCCACGAAGAAGAAUUCACAUUUAUUGUUGAACAAAAAAAAUAACAUUUAUUAUAUACUGUACAGUAGUUGUUAUCACAAACCAGCACAACCAGACAAACUGUGAGUCCUAUCAAGAAUUUUUUGUUACUACCAUUAUUUCCAUGUUCAACACUAUGAUACGUACAUUUAUCAAUCCUGUUUGCUCUAGUGUUCUGUUUGGCAUGCAUGCUUCCAAACAAAAACUUUGCUGGGUCUUACUUUUGGGGGAGGCCUUAUAUUUAGCAAUUCAGCAAAACCUCUGCUAGGUCUUUUUUUUGGGGGGGGGGGGAGCCUUAUUUUAGGGGAAACAGGGUACUUCUGGAAAAUGGCCAUAUAGCCCGGAAAACAUACAAAAAUCCUGUGAUUCCGGCCAUGAAAGCCUUUGACAACACAUGACAUAACAGAAUUUCUUCAUUCAGUUUUCUGCUCUUAUUUGCUGUUAGUAGUAUUCUUCGCAACAUUGUAAAUGUUUCCUAUUAACAAUCCAGUUAUUAAUAAAGUUGAUUUUUUUUACAUCCUGGGUUGCUUUUUGGGGUGGCCUUUGUGUGUGUGUUUGGGGGGGGGGGGGGCGUGUUGCUUGUCUAAGCAGUAUUGGAAGGAAGGAAGGGAGCUACCCCCAAAAGUCAAGGCUUGGGAGACUCAAGCAGAAAGCUGGGUUUUCUUUCUCUCUGUCCCAGGAAAGAAGGAGGCUCUGCUGAUACAGAAAGGAAGGAGGGAAGUGGAAAGAAAUACGGAGGAGAUGGUUGAAGGGAGAAAUCCAGCUGAGAAGAUGGGACAUCUCUCUCUUCUGUGCCUCCAUCCCUGGGUUUCCUCGGCCUCUUUUCUUUUGUGGCUCUUGUGGAGCCUGAAGUUUGGCAGAAAACACUUGACUAAUAGGAAUAUCCCUCCCUCUUUCUUCCCCUUCUCUUCCCUUUUUACUUCUUCUUACUUAGCUGGCGAAGCGCCAAGCAGCCCCAGGAGCCAGAAGCCAAGGAGAAGGAGAAAGAGGCGGCGGCGGCGGCAAAGGUGGCCUCCUUUGCCCAGACUCCCCAGGGCCUCCCUCUCAGUGGAGCCAUCCUUGGCUCUGCUAACACAGAGCUCCUUUCUUUCUCCCCCUUGCCCCUCUCCCUUUUUCUUCUCCCCCCUUUUCCUCUCUGCAGAGGGACACGCUGGCGAAGCACAAAGCAGCCUCAGGAGCCAGAAGCCGAGGAGGAGGCGGAGGAGGAGAAUCUUGCCCCUUCGCGGAGAGGGAAAAAGGAGAGAGAAGGAAAGGGAGAGGGGGAAAGAGAGAGAAGAAGAAGAGCUCUGUGUUAGCAGGGCCAAGGCUGGCUCCACUGAGAGGGAGGCCCUGGGGAGCCCGGGCGAAGGAGGCCACCUUUGCUGCAGCCUCCAUGACUUCUGGCUCCUGCGGCCGCUUGGUGCUUCACCAGCUUGCCCCUUUGCCGGCCUCUUCACAGGCUCACCCCUUUGCGGGCUCACCCCUGCCUCUGUUGUGAACCAGCUGGAACCUCAGAGUGACUCUGAUGGGGAUUAUGGGAUUCAGGUUCAGAGUGUCCCUGUUGUAGAAGAUGAGGAACGGAGUUUUUCCCACAGCAGAGAAUGAUGUUGAUACUGAAACUAGCCAGGUGCAAAUUGACUCAGAAAAGGAGGACAGUUCUCAGCCUGAUAGUUCUCAGCCUGAUAGACAGGUUAUUCAAACUGAAAAAAUAUUGGCUACUGGUUUGUGAUAUACCGGGAUGUGAAAGGCCCCCCAUUGUGGCACAUAAAAGAACACAGAACUUGAAAGACAUGUUGGUACACUCAAAUAUUGACCAUGACAGUAUGAAAAUUAGACCUAAUUUGGUAGGAAAUUUUCCUUGCCACCAUUGUGCCAUAUGUCCCCAAUUUACUCAUACUAAGUUGUUUCAGAAUCCUCAUACUAAGAUAGUUCAUCAACUGCAACAUUUUGCUACAUGCACCACCAAAGGAGUCAUUUACCUUAUUACUUGUCCCUGUUCCUUGAUGUAUGUUGGCCAGACCAGUAGACAAAUUAAACUCCGUGUAACAGAGCACAAGAGUAAGAUUAGGAAUCGGGCCACUGAUUCAAGCCUGUAUAAACAUUUCAAUGACAUGAACCAUAGUCCUGAAUCAUUCAGGGUUCUAGUCCUAAAGGUAGUUACUUCUUCCUCAAACACAGAUUUAUGCACCAAACUA